GGGAGCGGGUCAAGAGGGUGUGAGGUAUACGUAUAGUAGAUAAUGAAUGAAUCUGAAUCUAUCGUGAUUAAAAAACAUACGAAUGUGAUAGUGCGUGGUUCUCUAACAUAUGUUUUGUAAUUAAACUGUGUUCAUUUAUUUAUAAAAAAGUUGAGUAAAAGAUUAAAAAAAUGGUUAAGAUAUUUACAUAUGUUCUAACUUUUUUAUUAAGUUUAGUGUUUGUAAAUACGAAGAAGGCGACUGUUAAAUUUUAUGAAGAAAAAAACUUCCACGAAGCGAGUGAUUUAACAGAUGAUGAUAUUAAAAAUAUAGCAAAAAUGUCAGAUCAAACACAUUUUAAAGAAAUAUUAAAUGAAAUACUCAUACCAAGAGUGGUUGGAACACCUAAUCAUGAGAAAGUUGGCAACUUUAUUGUCAAACAGAUGAAAGAUUUAGGCUGGGAGGUAACCGAGGAUAUUUUCCCAGAUAAGACACCUGUUUUUGGGAUGUUGAAUUUUAGGAAUAUUAUUGCCAAAUUAAAUCCUGAAGCGGAGAGGUACUUAGUCCUGGCUUGUCACUAUGAGAGUAAAUACACAAGAGAACAUGUGUUUGUUGGUGCAACGGACUCUGCGGUGCCGUGCGCGAUGAUGAUCAACCUGGCCAAAGUGAUGUCGAAGCAGCUGGAGGCACUGAAGACCAAUCGCCUCAGCCUGAUGCUGCUGUUUUUCGACGGUGAGGAGGCUUUCCGACAGUGGGGGCCGCGUGACUCGCUCUACGGCGCCCGACACCUCGCGCAGCAGUGGCAGGUCACACCUUUCAAAGAUGGCGCCAAUCAUUUGCAGAGGAUGGAUGUUCUAGUUCUCCUGGACCUGCUUGGCUGUCCGGAUCCGGUGUUCUACAGCUACUUCCAGGCGACAGAGAAGUGGUACGUGCGACUGGCCAGCGCUGAGCAGCGACUGGCAGAGCUGGGUCAGUUGAGCGCAUACUCUGUGGGCAAAGAGGAACAGACCUACUUCAGAUUGAGGAGCUCCGGUGCCUUCAUUGAUGAUGAUCAUGUACCGUUCUUGAGGAGAAACGUAAACGUAGUCCAUGUUAUCCCCAACCCGUUCCCGCACGUGUGGCACACAGCUGAUGACGAUAUGUCGGCGUUAGAUUUCAACACCAUAGACAAUUUAAAUAAAAUCUUCCGAGUGUUCGUCGCGGAGUACUUACAUUUGCAUCCCUAGCAUUUACACUAUGGUCAGCCGAAAACAAGAUGGCGGCUAGAAGCGAUCGCCUUGCUCAAACGACGAAACUUUUUAAAGUGACAUAAGGCAA